AUGAAUAUUCUCACCUGGAAUUGUAGAGGGGCUGCCAAGAAAAAGUUCAAAGGCACCUUUACCAGAUUUAGGAAGAAACAUAGAGUAGGUGUGGCUGCUAUCCUAGAGCCAAGAGUUAGUGGAAAGAAAGCCAUUAGUAUUAUUCGUAGCCUGGGUUACACCAAUUACAUAGUUGCUGAUGCAAAGGGUUUUACUGGGGGUAUCUGGAUUGUGUGGAAUUCUAUUGAUGUCCAGAUUUCUCUCCAAAUUCUUCAUGAUCAAUUCAUUCACUGCUGGGUGGAAUUCCCUGAUACGAAAGGCUUCUUUUGGACUGCUGUAUAUGCCAAUCCUAAAGAGAAAAAUCGUAGGGUGUUAUGGGAAGAGUUGAAGCAAAUUGGAAGAACCAUGAAUGAUCCUUGGCUUCUCACUGGUGAUUUCAAUGAAAUUGUUUCAGCUUCAGAGAAGAGAGGUGGGGGGCCAAUUGAUCACAACAGAUGUCUUAGAUUCAGCAAUGUGUUGGAUUCGUGUGGUGUGAUGGAUCUUGGGGGUGGAGGAAAUAGGUUCACCUGGAAGGGACCUAAAUUUCUCAAUCUUGAUAGAGUUUACAAAAGGUUAGAUAGAGCAGUAUCUAAUGAGGUUUGGAGAGCUAAUUUUGAGGAAGCUGAUGUCUUGGUGUUGCCUAGACUUUUUUCUGAUCACAGUCCUAUAUUGAUCAGAUUGGAGAAUGAGGAACCCAAUUGGAGAGAGAGGCCUUUUUGUUUUUUGGCUGCUUGGUUUAAGGACCACAGAUUUAUUUCCUUUCUUAGGGAUAAUUGGAAUCAGUCUGCUUGUCUCUUGGAGAGUGUAAAUUCCUUUAUUCCUUUACUUAAGGAGUGGAAUAGGAAGGUGUUUGGCUUUAUUCAACACAGGAAGAACAGGGUGAUUGCUCGUAUGGAGGGUAUUCAAAGGCAACUCUCUUCUAAGAACAGUGUACAUCUUGAAGAGCUGGAGGCCAAUUUAAGAAGAGAGCUCUCUGAAAUUUUGGACCAGUAG